UUUUAGAGGGAAAAAUGGCAACCGACGAAAGUGGCCAGUCUUCUGCUCGAAAAGAAGAAACACAAGAUGAAGAUUCAGCUAUUUCAAUGCUUGAAGUUUUGCAGGAGCAAGAAGAAUUAGAAGCAGAUGCAAAUGCUGUCUUGGGAGACAGCGAUGCUAUUAACUGCACUUACGUAUUGGGCUAUGUACCAAGACAAGCUUUGUAUGCCUGUAUGACAUGUAACACAAGUGAACCAUCUGGAAUUUGUCUUGCCUGUAGCUAUGAAUGUCAUGAUGGCCAUGACUUAAUAGAACUAUAUACUAAAAGGAAUUUUAAAUGUGACUGUGGAAAUGGUAAAUUCAAAGACCUGACAUGUCAGUUGUAUGAGAGAAAAUCGGAGUACAAUGUAGAUAACCGAUACAAUCACAACUUUAGAGGGAUUUACUGUGUAUGUGACAGACCAUACCCUGAUCCAGAUGAUGAUGUAGAGGAUGAAAUGAUUCAGUGUAUAAUGUGUGAAGACUGGUAUCAUGGAAGGCAUCUAGGUUUUGAUGAUUUACCUGAUAACAAUGUUGGAACAGAGAUGGUUUGUAGAGGAUGUAUGUCCAAACAUGAUUUUCUUUGGGCCUACACAGUACAAAGUUUAGAAACACAGAAACUGACAUCUGGAGAAACUUCAAACAGUAUUGAUGUUGCAAGUGGUGGAAAUGACAAUGCAAAGGCUUCUAAAACAACUGGAGGAAAACAUUCACCCGCCAAAAGAAAGAAAAUUGAACAAGUUGACAAUGCAUCAUCUCCAGGAAAAUCUUGUCAUUUGAAAGAGUUACAGAAGAGAAAAAUCUCAGAUAAAGAUACAGCUGCAUUCUUUGCUGAUGGUUGGAGAUCAAAACUUUGUACAUGUACAGAUUGUAAGAAUAUAUAUUGUGAUCAAGAAAUAGAAUUUUUGAGUGAUGAAAGUGAUACGGUUCAUGCUUAUGAAGUAAGAGGAAAACAGAAAUCCACACCUACAUCCCAGUAUGAUAAAGGUCUUCAGGCAUUGUCUAACAUGAAUAGACUACAACAAGUGGAAGUUUUACAUGGUUUUAAUGAUCUGAAAAGUGAACUGAAUGAAUACUUGAAAAAAUUUGCAGAAAAUAAGAAGGUUGUGCGUGAAGAAGAUAUUAGAGAAUUCUUCAGUACAUUGGAAGCGAGGAAAAGGCAAAGAAAAUCAAGUGAUGAAGGAAUGAGUUACUUCUGCAAAUGAUGGAAGACAGACAUUUUAUUGUUGAUAAUUGAUUACAACUGUUUUAAAAUUUGAACUGAACUGUUUUAAUGUUUUAAUAUUUCUAAUUAUUAGAUGUUAUUUAUUUUAUUGUUAAACAGAUGUUUUAAAAUAUUGAAUGAAUGUUGCUGUUGUACAGCAUAUGUUUUAAUGUUUAACACAUAAAUGAUUCUUUUCAGGCUCAUUUUUCACAAGGACCAAAAAGCAAAUACUGGCUUUCACAGAACAUGACAUUUAUGUAUAGUUAGUAGCUGCUUAAAAGGAGAAAGUUGAAGUAUUUCAUUGUUGUCUUGCCAUGAAUUAGGUAAUACCUUUGUUUAAUUGUACAAUGUCAGAAUGUUUAUGAUGUUGAGUUUCAAGUGAAUAUUGGCCUAAUUUUUACAUAAAAAUUUAUCAUUUGAAAAUGAUUUGUGAAAAUAAAGCAUUGGUUCAUUAAAACAUUCUUAUUAUUA